AUGAAAAAGACGAAGAAGAACAUGUGUGGUGAUAAACACCUAAACCCGGUGCUGGACACAAUGGGCGGUCGUCUUUGGAUAAUGAAAAACGAUGAUAGUAAAAGUCACACUAGGCAGGCGACAAUAGAUAAGUGUGUAUUAAUUCAGGAAGCCCAGGGAAGAGGUUGUUUGAUACCCAAGACAAAACGAAAUGAACGGAGCCCUCACGAGAUGGAAACUAAGGAUAUAGCUGUAACACCACGUUUGGAUGGACGCAUUGUUGGUGGUCAUAAAGUCAAUAUAACCGAUGCUCCACAUCAAAUAUCGCUGCAGACAUCCUCACACAUUUGUGGUGGUUCCCUGAUUUCCAAGCAGUGGAUUUUAACGGCAGCUCAUUGUACCGAAGGCCGCACCCCAGAUCGCCUAAAGGUACGCGUUGGCAGCUCCGAAUACUCCAAGGGUGGCGAGUUAAUUGAUGUCAUGGAAAUUGUCCAACAUGAAAAAUUCAAUUACUCCAAUGUGGAUUAUGAUUAUUCCCUACUCAAAUUGGCCAAGGAAAUUGAAUUUGAUGACACCAAGCAGGCUGUGAAAUUGCCGGAAACCAAAGAUGUUGCCAUGGACGGUACCAUGUGUUUCGUUACCGGUUGGGGUAAUACCCAAAAUGCCACCGAAUCUCGUGAAUGGUUGCGUCUGGCUGAAGUUCCCAUUUUCAAUCAGGAACAAUGUUCAGAUAAAUAUAGGAAAUUUGGUGGUGUCACCGAUCGCAUGAUCUGUGCCGGUUACAUUGAGGGUGGUAAGGAUGCCUGCCAGGGAGAUUCCGGUGGUCCUUUGGUAACCGAGGAGGGUGUUCUGGUUGGUGUGGUUUCAUGGGGUUAUGGUUGUGCCCGUCCCGAUUUUCCCGGCAUCUAUUCGAGAGUUUCAUAUGUUCGUGAUUGGAUUCGUACGAAUACUGGUGUUUAG